GCAUCGGUCGUCCUAACGUGCCAGGGGGGUCUCCAUCCUUUUUCCAGAAAUUGACGAGACCCGUUCCGGGCAUUCAUCAUUGUUGGCCAGAUUUCUAGGCUCCGAAGAAUCGACCUCUCGACCUCUCCUUGGAGCUUCUUUCGACCAUCAACGCAUCGUCCUUGACCUCUUUUUCCCUUGCCAAUGCUCUCUGGGGAAGCAUAGAUUUUUUUUUUACUGCCUUCAGUCUUUCUUUUUCUUUUUCUUCUUCCUUUACUUAAUCGUUUCCUUCCGGCUUUCUCGAUUGGAAUACCUAUCGCGUUCCUCCGCAUCCUGCAUCCAGCUCCUCUACCACGCCGCCAUCGUAAUCAACACAACGGAUGGCAGCUAGACUUCGCUGCGCUCCGCCAUGAGCUCUCUCAAGUUCCUGGUGUCCUCCUUGGAGGCCAUCGCUGCCUCCAGGGAUGCCCAACGACACAAGCAGCUAUCCGAAUCCCUCCAGAAGACCCUCGACGCAAUCAAGGAAGCCGACCCGCAGCUGCCGGACCCCGAAAUCGUCUUUGCCCCCCUCCAACUAGCCACCAAAACUGGCAACCCGCAGCUCGUCACCGGCGCCCUCGACUGCAUCGGCAAGCUCAUCUCUUACUCUCGCUUCUCCGUUGCCUCUCCCACCAGCACCGGCACUGGCACCGGCACCGGCACCGGUUCCGCCGAAGAUGAGGGUGCCGAACCCCCGCGUGCGCACCUCAUCGAGCGAGCCAUAGACACCAUUUGCGACUGCUUCCAGGGCGAAACUACCCCCGUCGAGAUCCAGCUCCAGAUUGUCAAGUCCCUCUUAGUGGCCGUCCUGAACGACAAGAUCGUCGUCCACGGCGCCGGCCUCCUCAAGGCCGUUCGCCAGGUCUACAAUGUUUUCCUCCUCUCCAGGAGUACGGCCAACCAGCAGAUGGCCCAGGGCACCCUCACCCAGAUGGUCGGCACCGUGUUCGAGAGGGUCAAGACGAGACUACAUAUGAAGGAGGCGCGCAUGAACCUGGCUAGGCUCAAGCAUAGUUCCAGCAACAUCACAUUUGACCCGACAUCAGACCAGACCGAAUCGGUCAACGGCACGGCCGAUAUUUCUGCCGAUGGUGCCGCCGACGCCAUGGAAGGAGAAGCAGACCACGGGCAUGCUGGUGAUGUUGGCGAUGUUGGUGAUGUCGGUGAUGCCGCCCAUGCAGGCGCACCUGCAGACGCACCUGCACCCGGCGAAGAAAACACGAACAACAACCUGGCAGAACCUCCCCCACAGGAACAAAACAAGAGCAAGCUCACCCUAAAGGACCUCGAGACCAGGAAGAGCUUCGACGACUCGGCUCUGGGCGACGGCCCGACCAUGGUGACCCGAUUGAAGCCCGCAAACGGCUUGCAACGGUCCGUCUCGACGCAAUCCUAUGCCUCGUCGUCCCCCGACCACCGAGAAGAAGACGACACGGCCGACACGGCCGACCUCGAUGUUGAGGACGAAGUCUAUAUCCGGGACGCCUACCUCGUCUUCCGCUCUUUCUGCAACCUCUCCACCAAGGUCCUUCCCGCCGACCAGCUCUACGACCUUCGCGGCCAGCCCAUGCGAUCCAAACUCAUCUCUCUCCACCUCAUCCACACCCUUCUGAACAAUAACAUCUCCGUCUUCACCUCGCCUCUUUGCACCAUCCGAAACACCCGAAAUAACGAGGUGACCACUUUCAUCCAAGCCAUCAAGUAUUACAUUUGCCUGAGCAUCACACGCAACGGCGCCAGCUCGGUCGAUCAAAUAUUCGACGUCUGUUGUGAGAUAUUCUGGCUCGUGCUGAAGUAUAUGAGGGAGCAGUUCAAGCUCGAAAUCGCCGUCUUUCUAAACGAAAUCUACCUUGCUCUGCUGGCGAGGCGGACGGCUCCUCUGUCCCAGAAGACUUCCGUCAUCCAUAUCCUCAAUAGGUUCUGCGCGGACCCGAGAGGCCUCGUCGAAAUCUAUCUCAACUACGACUGCGAAGGACAAGUCGACAACAUCUUCCAGACCAUCAUCGAGGACCUGUCCAGGUUCUCCACCGCCGCGGUGCCCGUAACGCCCGCGCAGGAACAGCAAUACGAAGAGAAGGCAUCCAAGAGCCCUUCGCCCGGCGAGUGGCAGCUCCGUCCCAUCCUCCCACCCCCUCUAUCCGUCGCCCAGAUCGUCCCCCACGCGGAGCCGGAAUCCGACGUCCCCAAGGAGUACGCUGUGAAGCGUGCUGCCCUGGAUGCCCUUCUCGACUCGCUAAGGUCCAUGGUGGCGUGGUCCUCUUCGGUCCGGACGGAUACGAAACCGCCAACAGAUGGACUACGACCCGACAUGGAUGGUGACAUGCGCGCCUCCGAGGAUGUGCGGCCCUCGAUCGACCCCAGCUUGAGCGAGAGUCACCAUCGCAGCGACACGCCACCUCAGCCCGCCACACCGGCAUUAGAGGAUGACCCGGCGUUUUUGGAGAAGGUCAAGCAGAGAAAGACGGCCCUCAACAAUGCCAUCAAACAGUUCAAUUUCAAGCCGAAGCGCGGGAUCGCCAUGCUCGUCAAGGAAGGCUUCAUCCCCAGCGACGGCCGCCCCCAAGACAUUGCCCGGUUCUUGCUGCACGAGGACAAGCUGGACAAGGCCCAGAUCGGCGAGUACCUCGGCGAGGGCGACCCGAAGAACAUCGAGAUCAUGCACGCUUUUGUCGACUUGAUGGACUUUACCAAAACCCGCUUCGUCGAUGCUCUGCGAACCUUCCUCCAGUCGUUCCGUCUGCCCGGCGAGGCGCAAAAGAUCGAUCGCUUCAUGUUGAAGUUUGCCAACCGCUACGUCGUGGGCAACCCGAACGCCUUCGCCAAUGCCGACACCGCCUACGUCCUCUCGUACUCGGUCAUCAUGCUGAACACGGACCUGCACAGCGACAAGGUCGUCAAGCGCAUGAGCAGGGAGGAGUUCAUCAAGAACAACCGGGGCAUCAACGACAAUGCCGACCUCCCGCCCGAGUACCUCCUGGGCAUCUAUGACGAGAUAGAAAAGAACGAAAUCGUUCUCAAGAGCGAGCGAGAAGCUGCCGCCGCCGCCGGCACGCUCCCGCCCACCUCCACCGGGCUGGCGGCGGGGCUAGGCCAGGCCCUGUCGAACAUGGGCCGCGACCUGCAGCGGGAGGCGUACGUCCAGCAGUCCGUCGAGAUCGCGUCGCGGUCCGAGCAGCUCUUCAAGAACCUCCUCAGGACGCAACGCCGCAACGCGCAGCGCGCCGGCGUCAGGUUCAUCCCGGCCACCUCGUUCCAGCACAUCGGGCCCAUGUUUGACGUGACGUGGAUGUCCUUCUUCUCCGCUCUGUCGAGCCAGAUGCAAAAGGCGCAGAACUUGGAGGUGAACAAGCUCUGCCUGGAAGGCAUGAAGCUGGCGACCCAGAUCGCCUGUCUCUUCGAGCUCUCCACCCCGCGUGAGGCCUUUGUGUCGGCGCUGCGGAAUGCGACGAACCUCAACACCCCGCAGGAUAUGCAUGCGAAGAACGUCGAGGCGCUCAAGGUGCUCCUGGAGUUGGGCCAGACCGAGGGCAACCUGCUUGGGUCCUCGUGGAAAGACGUGCUGCUGUGUAUCAGCCAGCUCGACCGGCUCCAGCUCAUCUCCGGCGGCGUGGACGAGAAUGCGAUCCCCGACGUGGCCAAUGCCCGCUUCGAGAGACGAACCACGGGCGACUCCCGGAAGUCGGUACAACAGACGACGCAGACGAACAGGAGGACUACGGGCCGCCCUCGAGCCGGGACGGGCCCCCAGGGCUUCUCGAUGGAGAUCGCCAUGGAGGCCCGGUCGGACGAGGUGGUCAAGGCGGUGGAUCGCAUCUUCGCCAACACGGCCAACCUGACGGGCGAGGCCAUCGUCCGCUUCACGCGGGCGCUGACCGAAGUCAGCUGGGACGAGAUCCGCGUGUCCGGGUCGAACGACUUCCCCCGGACGUACAGCCUGCAGAAGAUUGUCGAGAUUGCCUAUUACAACAUGACGCGCGUGCGGUUCGAAUGGACCCACAUCUGGGAGGUCAUGGGCGAGCACUUCAACCGCGUCGGCUGCCACAACAACACCAACAUCGUCUUCUUCGCCCUCGACUCGCUGCGGCAGCUGUCGAUGAACUUUCUCGAGAUCGAGGAGCUGCCUGGUUUCAAGUUCCAAAAGGACUUUUUGAAGCCGUUCGAGCACGUGCUCUCCAACGCGCAGAACGUCACCGUCAAGGAUAUGGUCUUGCGGUGUCUGAUUCAGAUGAUCCAGGCCCGCGGCGACAACAUCCGGUCCGGCUGGAGGACCAUGUUCGGCGUCUUCACGGUGGCGGCACGGGAACCGCACGAGUCGAUCGUCAACCUGGCGUACGAAAACGUCAGCCAGGUGUACCGGACCAAGUUCGGCGUGGUCAUCUCCCAGGGUGCCUUCACUGACCUGAUCGUCUGCCUGACCGAGUUCUCCAAGAACGUCAAGUUCCAGAAGAAGAGCCUGCAAGCGCUCGAGACGAUCAAGUCCAUUAUCCCCCGCAUGCUCAAGACGCCCGAGUGUCCCCUGUCGCAAAAGUCGGACCCGUCGGCUUCCAAGGAGGAGGCGGCCAAGUCGGAAGAAGCGCUCCGCAGCACGCAGUCGAGGACCUCGGUGGAGGAGGGCUACUGGUUCCCCGUGCUGUUCGCGUUCCACGACGUGCUCAUGACGGGAGAGGACCUGGAAGUGCGGUCGAACGCGCUCCAGUACUUUUUCGAGGCCCUGCUCCGGCACGGCGGCGCGUUCCCGCCCGAGUUCUGGGACAUCUUGUGGCGGCAGCAGCUGUACCCGAUCUUCAUGGUGCUCCGGUCUCGGCCGGACCUUACGAGCGCGCUGAACCACGAGGAACUCUCCGUGUGGCUGUCGACGACCAUGAUCCAGGCGCUGCGCAACAUGAUCACGCUGUUCACGCACUACUUUGGCGCGCUCGAGUACAUGCUGGACCGGUUCCUCGAGCUGCUGGCGCUCUGCAUCUGCCAGGAGAACGACACGAUCUCGCGGAUCGGCAGCAACUGCCUGCAGCAGCUCAUCCUCAAGAACGUCGGCAAGUUCACGCCGGAGCACUGGGCGAAGAUCGUCGGGGCGUUCUGCGAGCUGUUUGCGCGCACGACGGCACACCAGCUCUUCUCCCCUGCCACGAUCAACUCUACCGCCUCGCUCGAGCUGCCUUCGACCGGGUUCGAGGUGGCGGGACCCCUUAGCCCGGCGGACGAGGAGGAGCCGAUGGUGGAUGAGAAGUCGCUCAAGAUUAACGGCGUCGGCAGAAACGGAGGCGAUGCGGAGACGACGUCAUCAUCAUCGAUUAUGACGGCAGCGGCGGCGGCCGAGGAAGACGAGGCGAAGGCGGCGACGACGACGGCCGGUACUGCGGGGCCGGCAGGAGAGCAGGAUCAGCGGCAGCAGGAUCAGCAGCAGCAGGAUCAGCAGCAGCAGGAUCAGCAGCAGCAGGAUCAGCAGCAGCAGCAGCAGCAGCAGCAGCAGCAGCAGACGUCCCACUUGGAAGAUUACAAGCCGUCGUCGAAGCUCCAGCAGCAACCGGUGGUGGUGACGGCGGCGCGGCGGCGCUACUUCAACCGCAUCAUCUCGCGGUGCGUGCUGCAGCUGCUGAUGAUCGAGACGGUCAACGAGCUGUUCAGCAACGACGCGGUGUACGCGGAGAUACCGUCGCCGGAGCUCCUCCGGCUGAUGGCGCUGCUGAAGCGGUCGUACCUGUUCGCGCGGCGGUUCAACGCGGACAAGGAGCUGCGGAUGCGGCUCUGGCGCGAAGGGUUCAUGAAGCAGGCGCCCAACCUGCUGAAGCAGGAGUCCGGGGCGGCGGCGACGUACGUGGCGAUCCUGUUCCGGAUGUACGCCGACAACAGCGCCGAGCGGGCGGCGGCGCGCGGCGACAUUGAGAAGGCGCUGGUGCCGCUCUGCAAGGACAUCAUCGGCGACUUUGUGGCGCUCGAGGAGGAGAGCCAGCAGCGCAACAUUGUCGCGUGGCGGCCCGUCGUCGUGGACGUGCUGGAGGGCUACGCGGCGUUUCCGAGGGAGGCGUUCGCGGCGCAUGUGGAGGCUUUUUACCCCAUGGUCGUCGACCUUUUGGCCAAGGACCUGACGGCCGAGCUGCGGGCCGCUCUCAUCUUGGUGUUGCGGCGCGUGGGCGAGGUGGGGCUCGGCAUCGAGGGGAUGGGGAUGGGUGUGGGUCGUCGGGAGGGCGAGGGCGAGGACGAGCGGCGGAGGGAGAGUGUGGCGAGCGGGACGACGGAGAGGACGGCCGAUACGACGGCCAAGGGUGGCUGAUGGGGUGUGGUGAAGGGGGAUGGACGAAGCGGUUAGGGAAUGUCUCGUUCCUUGGCCGCCUUUAUUCGAUUUUGACCUUGUCGGAAAAGUGCGGGCUUCCCUUUUCAUUGUUACAACUGGGAACUAUUGCAUGACAGUGGAUUGGAAGGGGGGACAAAAAGGGGAGAAUGUUCGCGAUGGUGACUGGGCAAUUCUGCGUCUCCCCGACCGAGCGUCGCUACAGCAUAUGCGCGUCU